UGUGUUGACCCGCGAAGCAUAAAUUCGGCGGGAAGAGAGCUGCAGAGGCAGUGCUGGUCUCACAAGUUUAUCUCUUGGCUCUAGAAGAUUUUCACCGUCUUCAUCUUGCCCACAGCUUUGCCCUCUCUCUCGCUCUCGUUCUUUUCUUCUUCAAUUUGUACCUCGGAGUUCUUUUACCUGGUGCUGCUUCUUUCUGCUCUAGAUCUGAAAGGUUGUGAAAGUCUGUGUUUGAGAUUAAGAUUGGGACGAUUGAAGGUGAUUUAUGUUAAAUUUAAGGAAAUCCAUGGGUGAAGUCGCACCUGAAGUCUUCUUUGCUCGUACUGGGCGCAACCGCCAGCGCUUUGAUGAAAAUUAUCGGCUAGUUGCUGGAUGCAUUCCUUACCGGCUAAAGCUAGUUCAAGAUAAAGUUAGGGAUGGUUUACUUAGUAGAUUGGAAGUUCUCAUGAUUUCUUCUCCUAAUCGUCAUGAUCUCAUAUUCCCAAAGGGCGGAUGGGAAAAUGAUGAGACCCUUGGUGAAGCAGCUUGUCGUGAAGCUUUGGAGGAAGCAGGUGUUAGGGGAAUUAUUAACGAAUCUAUAUUAGGUGAGUGGAAAUUUAGAAGCAAGAGCAGACAAAAUAGUUGCAGUUUGGAGGGAACUUGUAAAGGCUACAUGUUUGCAUUAGAGGUGACUGAGGAGCUUCAAUAUUGGCCAGAGCAGGGCAACCAUGAGAGGAGAUGGGUUUGCGUAAGUGAAGCGUGGAAGCUUUGUAGAUAUGAUUGGAUGCGUGAAGCUCUUGCUGCUUGUAUUAAGGCUCAACAUUUCUCAUUUUUUUCACACAUACAUACAUCAUCAUGUUCGAGGGUUCUAAGAGAAGGAAUGUCAAAAUACGGAAUAAAUAUAACGGUGGUAAAAAAAAUAAUAAUGACCGGAGGUAUGAACUGUUUAAUGAAUUUAUUUUUAAUCUUACUUUUUAUUUUUACUUGUUUUCAUUAAGUUUAUGUUUAUAUAACAAUGAAUAUUUUCUUA